GUCAAUGUCAAAUGCUUAAAACGUACGUUUAUUUUCUAAACGGAUUAUUAAUUGUUUUUGUAGGUACACAAUAAAUAAUCUGUAAAUUCUAAAAAGGCGAAGGAAAGGCAUUAGACUGACAUAUUUGCGCGGGAAUAUAAGAUUUUCAUGUGAUGAACGUUACACUGUUGCUUGCACAAAUUUAUUAAAAAUGACUGAUACACUUUGCCACUUGGUCGUCGACGGAAACGAUGUCCUGGAAUUUAAACUAGUAAGAGAGCCUGCGGAUUUGGAAAAUGAUUCAACUAGUUUUGCCCCAGAAAUGUGUCAUCAGGUGUUUGGGGAAAAUGAGAAUAUAUUUGGGUACACUGACCUACGGAUCCGCCUUUAUUACAGUGCAGGCAGUUUACAAACAUAUUUAGGAAUUGAAUAUGCUGAUAAGGUAGGUUAUGUAGAUGUAAUAGCUAAAACAAUAGAUGAAUCACAACCGAAGGAGCAGGCAGGAUUCAGGGCAGGUUUCAGCACAACCGACCACAUUCAAACAUUGGACCAAAUCAUGGAAAAAUAUAAAGAAUUCAGCAGAAACCUAUAUGUCGCCUUCAUCGACUACAGCAAGGCAUUUGACAGCAUCAGCCACAGCGCAAUAUGGAACGCCCUAUCACAGCUAAAUGUCGAACAAAAAUACAUCAACAUCUUAAAAAACAUAUACGUAAAAAGUACGAGUCGAAUAAAACUUGAAACAAAAGGCGACGAAAUAAAAAUCGAGAGAGGGGUCCGACAAGGAGAUCCCCUAUCACCCAAAAUCUUUAUUGCUGUCCUAGAAUGCAUAUUCCGUAAUCUUAACUGGGAAAAAAAGGGCAUAAGCCUAGAAGGCUGUAAGCUCAAUCAUUUGCGUUUUGCGGAUGACAUAGUCCUAAUGGCCGAAACUGCCAAAGAACUUGAGGAGCUUAUACAACAAUUAAACAAUGAAAGUACAAAGGUUGGCCUACAUAUGAACGCCUCAAAAACAAAAAUCAUGACCAACAGCCACCAAGUACCAAUUAAGUUAGAAGGAAAAAAUAUAGACUAUGUCAACCAAUACAUAUACUUGGGGAAGCAAAUGUCAUUUUCAAAGUCGAACAAUGUGGAAGAGGUAGAGAGAAGAAUAGGCAUAACAUGGAGAAGAUUCUGGUCACUGAAAGAAAUCCUGAAAGGAAACUAUAACAUAAACCUAAAAAAGAUAGUUCUUGAUACAUGCAUUCUGCCCAGCUUGCUCUAUGGCUGCCAAACGUGGACUCUCACAGACAAAAUAAAAAGGAAAAUAAGAACCACCCAAAGAGCCACGGAAAGAAGCAUUCUUAAAAUAAAAAAAGUACACAAAAUAAGAAGCGAAACCAUAAGAGAGCGGACUGGAGUUCGGGAUGCACUUACCAUGGCCCUUAAACUAAAAUGGAAAUGGGCUGGACAUGUGGCACGCUACAACGAUAAAAGAUGGACACUAAUAGCAACCAGGUGGAGAGGUCCCACAGGGAAAAGAAAUGUAGGAAGACCGUUUAAGAGAUGGAAGGAUGACAUAGUGGAAACAGCAGGGAAAGACUGGCUGCUCAAGGCAAAGGACAGAGGAAAAUGGGACAAGCUGGAGGAGGCCUUCACCCUAAGAGGGGUUGAACCAAGUAAUUCCGAUGGAAUGAAAGCUGAUGAUGUAGAGGGUGCAUUAAAAAAAGUGUUAGCUCCUGGUUAUGUCACCAAUUUAGAUCAAUUUGUAUCCAUGGUUGAGAAAGACAAGACAUUCACUCCAAAUGGCCGUCUACUGCAUGCCUUCACAACCACUUCUAGGGAAGGUGGUGAAAAGAGAACAUUUGAAGUGUAUUUCUGUGAGACAUCAACACCUGGGUUUUUGCAGUUUCAUGAACGUUUGCAAACAUUUUUACUCUGGUAUGUGGAUGCUGCAUCAUUCAUUGAUGUAGAUGAUGACCAAUGGACUUUUUUUACAGUUUUCGAAAAGUACCAGUCGAGCGAGGGCAAUACUUGUUACGCGACGGCUGCGUAUGCGACCGUGUACCGCUACUACGCGUACCCGCGUCACUCGCGCCCGCGCAUCUCACAAGUGCUCACAUUACCGCCGUUCCGCAAGCUCGGCCUAUGUGCCAGUCUAUUGCAGGCCAUCUACUCACAUUUCACAAUAUUGCCUGAUGUGAUAGAUAUAACAGUUGAAGAUCCAUCUCAAGACUUCCAAAGGAUAAGAGACUAUGUUGACGCAAAGAAUUGUCAAACUUUACCUGCUUUUCAGCCUGAAAAACUCAUUCAAGGUUUUUCAUCAGAAAUGGCAAAUCAGGCAUGUGAGAAGUUCAAGAUCAACAAAAAGCAAGCACGAAGAAUAUAUGAAAUUUUAAGAUUGAAGAAUACAAACAGAUCAGAUAAGAAUGCCUAUUUCAAAUACCGACUCGAUGUUAAAAAUCGACUUAAUGCACCAUUCCAGAAAAAGAAACUAGAAAUGAAGAAACUCGAGAAAGUGCUGAAACCGGAGGAGUAUGCGGCGACUGUGAGUACCAGCGGUGCGAACGAAACGCAGGGCCGACUCUCCGCCCAGUACGGCACGCUCGAGGAAGACUACCUGCGCGUCAUACACCGUAUGGAACACGACUAACAGCCAAAAUACUAUAAAAUUAAUUGGACAAUGAUUUAGUCGGGCUCUCAAUCAGAAUGAAAAUAUAUACAAGCGCACGAAUAUUACGAUUCAUAUCCUAGCUACUUUCAUAAUGAUUAAAAUCCCAACCAAACUAAGGGUCGACAAUUUUUUUUAUAUGCGGUGGCUCUAACACGCGUCCUAUUCGCAACAUAUAUCAGUCUGCUCCGACUUACGAGAAAGGCGAACUUUCUUUAUCCUAGGGUAGACAGUUUCUUUUUUUUUUAUAUGAUGUUAGGACAAACCACUUUUCUUUUACUUUUCUUUUGGCGCUGUAGCCCAAUUAAAUACAAUUCAUAUAAACAUCGUGAAGUUUCAAACGUGGUAUCUGAAUGACCUUGAAAAGGAUUUUAUUUUGUUAUCACCUGCUUAUUUUGUGUUCGCCUUUCCCGUUAAGUUAUACUAAAGAUUGCCCUAAAACGGCGAGUCAAAUUGGUCGCGAAAAAUUUUACCUCCAUUUUGUAUUCUUUCUGACGUUUGAAGAUGUUCUAUUUGCAACGCUUCAACAAUGUAACAUUAUGAUUCAAAAAUUGUAUUGUUAAGUUUGUUACAUUAGCCAAAGUGAUUACUGUGUAUUAACAUAGUUUGUAAAAUGCCUCGGCAAAAUUGUAUACAUUGAUAGUUUUUGUUCCAUAUGAAAAUGUUAGACAUUCUUCCUGAAACUAUAAUUAUAUCAUUGAAUAAAUUUUACCCUUGGAAUUUUACAAACUAUAGAAAAACUUUUGUGUGUCGGCUUUUGUUAUUUUGUGCGUUCGUCCAAAGCACAUUCACUCAACCGAAAACGUCCAGCAUAUUACUUGAUUGAAAAUUUUGAGAUUGUAUUUGCUAAAUGAGUUUUAGUAGGUACUUAAUGUUCAGUUCUAUGUUUAAUAAUACUUUGAUUAAUGGUGUGACAAAUGUUAUAUUGAAUAAAAUUGUCCAUGAUGU